CUCCGCGGCUCCCACUGCAACACUCGGAGACGUCAGUGACGGUGGGCAGCCAUAUUGUCUCUGAAACAGCAGAAAUCCCUCACAGUGCACACCGGCGACGGAGGGAGGCGAGAACCGUUGGCCUGGUAAAGCUCUGCUCUGCUGGGAAGCAUUUAGGUCGCCGGGUUGAUCAAGGGGCUAUUCCACCGUGCCCCUGGUGGCCCCUCCCCCGUCCUCAAACAAACCCCCCCCUACCCCAAACCCCUUGUCCUGUUGGGAUCAACCCCCCCCCCCUUAUUCCCUACCCUCCCUCCUCUUCCUCUCUCCAUCCCAUCCUCCCUAUACUCCAACCAUCCUUUGCUGCGAUAAAAAGUCCCCACCAUCUCUGCCAAGCUGUCGGACAUGUCAGGACCCGUGCCAAGUCGGGCCCGAGUGUACACAGAGGUCAACACUCACCGGCCCAGGGAGUACUGGGACUAUGAGUCCCACGUUGUCGAAUGGGGAAACCAGGAUGACUUCCAGUUGGUGCGGAAGCUAGGGCGUGGCAAGUACAGCGAAGUCUUUGAGGCAAUCAACAUCACCAAUAAUGAGAAGGUGGUGGUGAAGAUACUCAAGCCUGUGAAGAAAAAGAAAAUCAAGCGUGAGAUCAAGAUUUUGGAGAACUUGCGUGGAGGUCCAAACGUAAUCUCCCUCAUCGAUAUAGUGAAAGACCCUGUUCGUGGUGAGCCCACCACCUGUGCAAGAUUAUCAAUUUCACUUUGGCUGGAGAAGUAUGUGUCUUCCCGGACACCUGCUUUGGUCUUUGAACAUGUCAACAACACAGACUUCAAGCAACUGUACCAGACCCUUACAGACUACGACAUCCGGUUCUACAUGUACGAGAUCCUCAAGGCCCUGGACUACUGCCACAGCAUGGGAAUCAUGCAUAGAGACGUGAAGCCACAUAAUGUGAUGAUCGAUCAUGAACACCGCAAGUUGCGCCUUAUUGACUGGGGCCUGGCUGAGUUUUACCACCCAGGACAGGAGUACAAUGUCAGAGUGGCCUCCCGCUACUUUAAAGGACCUGAGCUCCUAGUCGACUAUCAGAUGUAUGACUACAGUCUGGAUAUGUGGAGUCUUGGCUGUAUGCUAGCAAGCAUGAUUUUCCGGAAGGAGCCCUUCUUCCAUGGCCAUGACAACUAUGACCAGUUGGUGAGAAUAGCCAAGGUUCUGGGAACUGAAGACCUUUAUGACUACAUUGACAAGUACAACAUUGAGCUGGAACCUCGCUUCAAUGACAUCCUGGGAAGGCAUUCUCGCAAGCGAUGGGAGAGGUUCGUCCACAGUGAGAACCAGCACCUGGUCAGCCCAGAGGCUCUGGAUUUCCUGGACAAGCUGCUGCGCUAUGACCACCAAGCCCGGCUUACCGCCCAUGAAGCCAUGGAUCACCCUUACUUCUUCCCCAUUGUGAAAGAUCAGUCUCGUGUGGCCGGAUCAACCAACCUGCCCAGUGGGAACACAUCUGUUAGCACAGCCAACAUGAUCACUGGUAUCUCUGCCUUGCCAGCCUCAACUGCCCUGGGCCCUCUUAUUGGCUCGCCGGUCCUGUCUGCUGCCACCAUUGCCCUGAACACCCCGGUGCCUGCUGCUGCUGGCGCCCCGCAGUGACACCCCCAUCUAAAUCCACACACACUCCACCUCAUCUCCCUCACCGACACCACCAUCCAGCUUGGGGGAGAGGGAAACUAGACAGGUGCCACUCUGCCAGCCCCUCCCACAUCCAACCUAACUCAGCGUGACUGCGCCUCACCAACCCUCUGUCUGGAGGACGCUGUCAUCAAAGAAAAAAAAAGAGAUGUUUUUGCAUUCCUUUUCCUUCUCGAAUGAACGUGCUAACCUGACAUCUGAAAUGAAUGUUCUGUGUAAAUGAAAUAUACAGGUAUUCCUUUUAUUUUCCCACAAGCUGUAGUGCAUACAAAUGGGUGUAUGUUUGUAUGUGGUGAGUCUGAGAGGGAGUGUCAUCCAUGGCCGACUAUGGGUCUCAUCACCUCCUCCUAUGUUUUAGUUUGGGUGGUGAAGGCACUGGUGAGAAGGUACAUCAACAGAAGGCAAAAAGAAAGAAGUUGGCCAUCAGGACCAAAAGGAGCACAUCCUGAAUAGUUUACUUCUGCAGCACUGUCAAAAACCAGACCUGAAGAAAACACUUAGUUUACCUCCUGACGAGUCUUAACACCCUCAAGAUCACAGCACUUUGGAAGUGUUUGGUGCUGUUCCUGUGCUCCUGGUGUAUGUCAACACAAUGACACUUCAACACUUUCUCUGCCUGAGUAGUUCUGUUAAACAUAUUUUACCAUACCAGACCACCAGUCAUCUUUUGAUCAUGUCAGGCGUUGUUAAAGCUGUUCUGUAUUGAAAAAUGUUCUGGGCAGCUGGAUAUGGGUCAUCACCAUCCAGUGGUUUGAUCAACUCUAGUGUUCUACUUGGAUCUCCUAAGAAGCCAGAUAAGGUUCAUUCAGGUUCCUGACGAAAUAGUUUCUCAAACGUGCUGCUUUCUAGAUCCUUGAAUUGCUUCAAGUGGCUUUUCUUGAAAUAAUUUCAAGACAUAACCAAAGUUUACUCAGUAGUUUGGACGAAGAGACUGACCAAACCUAGUUUUAUUUUGUGGCCGUUACUCAUGGAGGGGCCUUGAUGCAGGUUGAAGAUGUGGGUUCUAGUGAACACGCUGACAACAUGAUACAAUAAACCUCUGCAGGUGACUGAAGUGCUGUUAGUCUUGUGACAUGGGUAAGCUUAGUGAUGAGUUAUACAGUUUAUUGGCUUUCCCCACCAUGUUAAGGGAUGAAUUGAAGUUGAAAUGUGGAAUAGCACUGGAAGGGUAGCGUCUUGCCCAGUGUUUUAGUGUCAAAGUUUGAAAGUGUACAUUUUAGACCCUGCACAUACACAUCUAUUUUUUCCCCCAUUUCAAAACCUUAAAAUGCAAAUAAAUUCAAACGUGUACACGUUGACCUGUGAACGGAGCAGUCCCUACAUCACUGUAUAUAUUUUUAUGUUCUUAUGUAGAAGACUAGUAUUUGAAAAUAUUUGUGUAAAUAAACGCGUGUUUUAUUUA